AGCAGCCGAACAGACACACACACACACACUCUGACACAGACACACACAGACACGGACUGAGUCUGUUGAUGCGGCUACAAGAGGGAGCUCAUUAUCAUUUAUUUUGGGGGAGUAAAAACACAUCUCCGUCAUCAGGAGUGUAAUCACAGGAUCCGCGUCAUUACGAGCCGUGCGCGCAUUCCUCAACAGAAUUUUUUUUUUUUUUUUUUUGUUGCGCAUCUCCCGAUGGCAGAUUGUUUUCUGCUCUCCAUCGGAGCGUUGUUGUAAUUUUUUUUUUAUUUUUUAUUUUUUAUUUUAUUUUUUUUCCUCUCGCCCAGCAAAAUAAAACGCUCCGGGAGUCAUGCUCGAGCGACGACUGAAGGAGCGCUUCAUCUGAAAUUCUCGCGUUUCCAGAAAAGAAAACGAAAAAAGAAAGGCAGAAAGAAGAGGAGGAAGAAGAGAUGGAACAACAGAAACCAGAAUGCAAGAACAUGGAUGCGUGUCUGAGGCGACUGAAGCAAGAACUGGUGUCUAUGAAAGAAGCCGGAGAUGGCCUCCACGCUCAGAUGAAUUCUAUGAUGGGAGCCCUCCAGGAACUCAAGCUCCUUCAGGUCCAGACAGCGCUAGAAAACCUUGACAUUUCAGGUCGACCUAUUAACCGAGGAAUCCCGAAUCCUGCUCCGCCAGCUCCUCCUCAAGCGUCAGCUACAGCGGCUUUGACCUACAGCAAGAAUCAAGGGUCCUGCCUGAGCCGUACCAUGCCAGACGAGCCCAGCCAGAGUCCGAUGCAAAGUCCAAGGCCAUCUCUGGAGAGCAGAAACACCUACAGUCGAGGUGAGAGGAGCUUGUCUCGAAACAGAAGCAGUCUGGGAACUUCGUCUUCCUCGGCAUCCAGCCUUGAGAGUGAGAGCGAGACAAGCGAAAAUAGCGCAAGAAGUGAGAAUGACCUGGAGUCUAUCCCCAAGAGGUGGUCUGGAUACGCAGCCCCGCAGGUGGAUUUCUAUGGACCAAUGGUGGGAAACCCUCCGCCGGAGCCCUACCCUCAGCCACAGGCUCCUCGUCGUGCUCAGGUGGUGGACCUGCCUGGGAUCCUGUACAGCCUCUCCAGAGAGGGCCCUUCAUUGGACAGUGACUAUUCCCAGGACAGCACAGAUGACGGCAGCGACUGGACUUCUUCGCUCAUGAGCCGCAGCCGCAACCGUCAGCCUCUAGUGCUGGGUGACAACGUUUUCGCCGACCUAGUGGGUAACUGGCUGGACCUCCCUGAGGUGGACAGAGAGGAGGUGGAAGAAGAGGAGAGGAGGAAGAAGAGGGAGGAGACGAUAGCUGACGGAGGGGCGGACAGACCGGACACCCCAGCUCACCCUCUUCGCCUCAGCCGCUCUCAGGAGAUCUGCAAGAAGUUCUCGUUAACCACAAACAUCUUCAAGAAGUUCCUGCGCAGCGUCCGACCCGACAGGGACAAGCUGCUCAAGGAGAGACCCGGCUGGAUGGCACCUGAGCUGCCAGAGGGCGACCUCUUCAAGAGGCCCAAGAAACUGGUUCCUAAAAGUUCAAAAGGCAGCUUCUACUUGCCGUUCUGGGCCAACGGACAGCAGGGCAAAGGCAGGCCAUGUCCGCAUCUAGCCGAAGCAGAAAGGAACCACCACCAGCACCACUUCCCCCAGGUCCACCAGCAGCCAUUUGCUGGGAUUUAUUUAGACAGGAGACAGCCAGAGACUGGUCUGGAAAAAAUGCAGCCCUUGUUUGAUUACAACACAGCUGUGUGGGUCUGACAGCGAGGCCAACAGACUGCCAGUGAUGCCAGACUGUGUGAGUGAGUGACAGGUGCUGGGGGAUUGUGGCUGUGCUGGAGGGGAAUGAAUGAAUGGCUGACUGACUGAAAAAGAGGCCUGGAUACAGUUAUCUUCCAAAAAUGAACCAAUGAACUUCACACUCACAACCAGAUUAUCAGGGCAACAGUUUGUCUGACAAUCCUAAAGCCUAAACCUCGUUUUGCUUGUGUGUGUCUGGUUGUGUCAGUGUGUGCUGGAAAGACAUUAUGCUGCAAGUUUUGUAUUAUUCAGAUUUGUUCGUACGUGUAUGUGUGCAUGUAUGACUGGGUUGUCUGGAUGUCUUAAAAGACGGUACAAUAAAAUGGACAUGUUUCUCAGAAUGUCACCAUCAUCACAGAUCUUUAUAAAAAAAAAAAA